CUUUUCUAUAGAUGUCACUGUAUGUAAGUUUUGGUUUGAAAGUCAUAUUUGUUUUGGAUUUUGGUUGUUUUUUAUCCAUCUAUAUUGUUUUGUUUAAUUAUUUUAAUUACAAAUCUCGUCCCAUUGAAGCUUAGACUUCAAUCAAGCAACUAGAAAAUGGAAAUGUUCAAAAUGCGAGCUCCUCUGGAUCCUCGAGAUCCACGUAAUAUAUGGCUUCAUAAAAGUCACAUGAUUGAACUGCCAAAAUUCAAAGAUCCUAAGAGUCCAUGUUUUCUAGUUCGAAAUCGAUUUUUCCGUAUAUUUGGUGCAAACGUAUCGCUAGUUGAAGCUCAAGAGACUCAAUUUACCAAUGAAGUUAGAUUUCUUGAUGUAACGACUGAUCAAUCCAGUGGUGUAGCUCAUUAUCUAAGGGCUGGGGAGAGUCUCAAUAUAUAUGAUCGAAGGCAUCCUAGAAUUAAAGAGAGAUCAAUCUCUUUUGAGCCAAUGACUCCAGAAGAGAUUGAAGAAUGUUCCCGUGAAUAUGUCAGGGUUCCUCGAAAUACUCCUUAUGGUUAUAAAUGGGAAUGGCACGCUGCUAAUAAUGACUUCGGUGAUACUUUCCUUGCUGCUAAAGUUUCUAUGAAGAAGCGUUAUCCACCUCCAGAAGAAAAUGAACUUCCUGAGAAUCCUGUUACUUACAGUUGGAAUAAAGGCGAUAAACGCAAAGAAUAAAGUUGCUAGAAUUAAAUUAAUUUACGUUAAAACUCUCUUAUAUUCUGUUUCAUUUAGUGAAAGACAAUGUAUUGAGCUAAUUGUCGAAUUAUAAACACAGAAACCUGUACACACAAUAAAUGUAGAUUUACUACAAAAUUAUUUGUACUCUU